GGAUGUCCCAAAAUACAGACCACUGGUCAUGUGUACCUAGUGGCGCCUGCUUGGUCCCUCCCACGCCAACCCUCUGGGAUAUAGUUCUUCACCCUGAGUUCCUGCCUCUGGUCAUUGCUGUACAGGGAAGCCGGAACUUCACACAGCUUAAUCUCCGCUCACACUACUUCCAGCCUUCCCCGCGGCCCGAGCUCUGUAUCGGCCUGGAUCCUGGUGUCUCGAGUUCAGUUCAGACAGCCCUGGGAGGCCUCAAGUUUGUCCAAGCAUGCCAAUGAUAUACGAAAACUUCCAGAACUUAAGGAGUGAAGAGAAAAACCAAGAGCCUGGUGAAGCAGCUCCUCCCCAGUGCUCGCUGUGGAAUAUCCUCUCGUGGACCCACCUCCUCCUCUUCUCCCUGGGCCUCAGCCUCCUGCUGCUGGUGGUUGUCUCCGUGAUUGGAUCCCAAAAUGCCCAGUUAAGGAGGGACCUAGGCACCCUGAGAGCCACUUUAGACAACACCACCUCCAAGAUAAAGGCUGAUGUCCAGGCCCUGGACUCCAGGGGUGACAGCUUGCAAGAAGGGAUCAGUUCUCUGAAAGUGGAGGUGGAGGAUCACAGGCAAGAACUGCAGGCAGGCCGAGGCUUGAGCCAGAAGGUGACUUCUCUGGAGAGUGCAGUGGAGAAGAGGGAGGAGGCUCUCAAAACAGAUCUGUCUGAUAUAACCGAUCGUGUGCAACAGCUGAAGAAGGACUUGAAGGCCCUGGCGUGCCAGCUGGGCAGCCUCAAGAGCAGUGGCUCGGAAAUGGCCUGCUGCCCCCUUCACUGGACGAAGCACGAAGGCAGCUGCUACUGGUUCUCUCAGUCUGAGAAGUCCUGGCCUGAAGCUGACAAAUACUGUCAGCUGGAGAAUUCUCACCUGGUGGUGGUCAACUCCCAGGAGGAGCAGAAUUUUCUACAGAAUCGCUUAGCCGGUAUGGUCAGUUGGAUCGGCCUAACGGACCAAAACGGGCCCUGGCGAUGGGUGGAUGGGAGCGACUUUGAAAAAGGCUUUAAGAACUGGGCCCCAGAGCAGCCGGAUAACUGGUAUGGACACGGCCUGGGAGGGGGUGAGGACUGUGCCCGGUUCACCUCAGCUGGUGCCUGGAAUGAUGACUCCUGUCAGAGGACCUUCCGCUGGAUCUGCGAGAUGAAGCUGGCCGUGGAUAGCUAGGAGCUCUCUCCGAGUAAUUUAUUUCUUUAGUGGUUUCAGCUGCUCAAGCCUGCAGUUUGGAAUCCUCCUACCUGGUCUCAACAUUAUUGGUUUUUUGUUUGUUUGUUUUGUGUUUUGUUUUUUUGUUUUUGUCAAAAAUUUUAAGGCAAGGAGAAAGGAUUGUGUUUGAGCUGGAUAGUACUGUGUUUGGAAGAAUGAGGUUGUUGAAAUCUAAUAUUUUGUACAGUGUGCAGCUUAUUGUAGGUAACUUUUGAAUAUAGCAAAAAAUUAAAUACUUUUUAUUGA